CAGGCAUUGAUACAACACGAACUGAAACCGUGUCGUGAAGCUGCUCUCACACCGCCUCUCUUCGUGUCUGAACCCGUCUGUGAGGAGGGAUAGAGUCGGUCUGUCCGGGGGUUACCUGACUCCAGUCAUUACCGAGAGGCCAGCCCUCCACACAGCAGCAGCAGCCUCAUGUUUCCUGUUGUUCUGAAUAACUGCAGAGCAGAUACACAGCUUUCACAGCUUCGAAAGUAACAGGUGCUCAAGGCCCUUCCAUGGUAUCAGAAGUGAUUGUGAUGAAGUGAGGCAUCUGAGCAAAAUAGGUUGACUGUGGGAAUCCAUUCCUAAUUCAGGUUGGCUGCUGACGUAAAUCAGGAGCGAGGUCCAAACAUUUUGCUGACACUUUUCCAGACGCUGGGUAGAAUCGGGCCAUAUUAAUAAGUGGCGAGCGACGGAAGCGAGGGGCUGGUUUUGCUUUCAAAGAGACGAAAAGGGGAAAAGAGAAAGAAGCGGAACCGAGACCACAACGCAACUACAGAAUGGGAGUCCGCUGCAGGAGCAAAUCCUCCUAGAGACACAGACUUGGAGGAGCAUUGGUCAUACAAGCAGAAGCACCGCUUACAAUACACAAAGAUUUAAGAUGAUUGACAGUCAGUUGUCAGCUCAAAGGAGGGCGAUGAGGAGCCUUCCUGAUGACAGCAUGCUGAAGACCAGCACCUACAUCGUGCCCUGCUUCCUCUUAGUGGAGCUGGUCAUCAUGGCAGGGACUGUGCUGUUGGCGUACUACUUUGAGUACACGGACACGUUCCCCGUGCACAUCCAGGGCUUCUUCUGUUUCGACAAAGCCUACUCCAAGCCGUUCCCGGGACCAGAGGACAACAGCAAGGCACCGCCUGUCCUCGUCUACUCCCUAGUAACCGCCAUCCCCACUGUGACGAUUCUGAUCGGGGAAGUGACCAGUUUCUUUGUGAAGGCAGAGGGAGCUCAGGAGAAGACCAUAGUGACCGCUGACUGCUGUUACUUCAACCCCCUCCUCCGAAGGAUCGUACGUUUUCUGGGUGUCUACUCCUUCGGCCUCUUCACCACCACCAUCUUUGCCAACGCAGGUCAAGUGGUGACAGGAAACCAGACGCCUCACUUCCUGUCUGCCUGCAAGCCAAACUACACAGCUCUGGGCUGCCAGUCUCCGCUGCAUUACAUCGCAGAACGCAGAGCCUGCACAGGAAACCCUUACCUGGUGGCGUCCGCCCGCAAAUCCUUCCCCUCCAAAGACGCAGCGCUCAGCUUUUAUUCAGCCAUCUACACAGUGAUGUAUGUGACCCUGGUGUUCCGGACCAAAGGGACACGCCUGACUAAGCCCACCCUGUGCCUGGUGCUGCUGUCCCUGGCCGUGCUGGUGGGGGUGGUGAGGGUGACUGAACACAGGAACCACUGGAACGAUGUCCUGGCUGGGUUUGUCACCGGAGGGGCCAUCGCUGCCUUCCUGGUGUCAUGUGUGAUCAACAAUUUCGAGCAAACUCAAAUAUCCAUGCCGAGUCCCCCACCACAUCAGCGUCCAGAGCCCCCGAUCGGCAUCCCUCUUCUCAGCCUACCCCGCGUGGAGAGUCCACUCGAAAAGCUCCAGGGCUACCGUAUUCUGAGAUCACAUGACCAUCAGCCAAUCCCGUCCCCAACCCCUCCCGAUGUGCUCCUCCCGUCACGACGUUGCCUCACCAGCGCAGUCUAGACCUUCCCACUGAAUGCCCCCCGCCCUGCCGUGCCCACCCCGAAGGACGACAUCCUCUCAGACGAGUCAAAUCUACGCAGGUCUGAAGGUCCACCAAUCACAGGAGACAGAACAGCGACACGUGCACAUGGCUGAAACCUGUCAUCCGCUAAGGACCAAUCAUUGACGGAUCCAUGUCCUUCUGUCCAGUUUUGUCCUGUUUGUCCUCCACAAUGGCCUCCUAUUUCUUUCAGGUAUUGAAGACCCAAUGAAAGAAUCGCCAAAGCCAGAGCUGUUGAAGCAAUACUGUGUCCUAACUCCUUCUCCUGGUUUCCACAAAGACCCAACAGUGACUCUGAAGACAGUUGGCUGGUGAUGACUUGGUAAAUUAAAUAAAAACUAACAGUUUGGGGAUCGAAGGAAAGUCCAAUCCCCGGUGGAUCGCCCUCAUCAGACUAUUUUGCAACGCUCAGGACAAUACAGUGGAAAACAGGACAGAAUUUAAAAAAAACAUACCUUUAUGGAAUCGAAAUGCAGGUACUGUGGAGUAUUAUGGUACAGAUUUGUAUUUCUGUCCUCAAAAAUAACAAGAGUUGAAGAAGAAAGCACCUUUGUAAAUGAUGGCACAGAUGAACCAAUUUAGUGUUCAAUUAACUGUGUUGUAUCUUAUUUGUUAUUGGGGGAUUUAGGAUUGAUCUCUUGCUGUAUAUUGUGUGAAGUGACAGAAGAGAGAUUUAUACACGCUACAGCUGUGCUUGUGAUACCACGUUUGUUUGAGGCAUCAGUUAAUUCAUCCUUGAAGUGAACUGGACUAGAUUUCCAUCAACUCUCCAAAUAUCUUUUAUCUACUUACUAUUCAGGUGUGUGUUUCUAAAUGUCUGUAGGUUGUACAUUCAUGCUGUGGAACAUUUGGAAGGUUUUAUCAUUUGACUUACUGCCUUUUCUUUGUUGAGUCUUUGUUUGUGUAAUGCUGCAUUUCUAUUGCAUAUUUCAGAAGUGCUUUACUCGACAAGACUCACAUUUUUUCCCGCCGAAACUGAGGAUCAAAGCAAACAAUGCAGACCACAGAUUGGUCAGAGCAUGCUCAUCAUCAGAACAUGGUACAUGUUUUUAAAUAGCCAAAUCUGCCCUCAAUAGAAACCUAAUUUAAAAAAUGCACAAAACUGCGCCCUACAAUUGCAGACAUUUUGUUGAGUUGCUUCUGAAAGGACUUAAAAAAGAACCUAAUACCAGGUUUAAGUCGAGUCGAGCAGAACAGUACCGUGCAGUGGAAACACAGCAUUAGUUUGCAUAUAUUUGACACUUUAUUUCUCCCAUACCACUUUCAUAUGUGUAAUUUUUAUACCUUUAAAAUACCAGUAUCUUAAUGUUAUUGUAUUUGCUUCUUUUACUUUUCAUAUUUAAUGUUUUUUAAGAAUAUUUCAAAAUCACUUGUUGAUGCUCCCAUUUAUCCGUCCUGUCCAGUUAUUUCCUGCUUCAGCCCGGCAUCCUUUCAUCACAAUUACUUUAGGAUACCAAGGGCACAGACCAGUGUGUAAGACUUCUGAAUUUUGCAAAGUUUUGUACAGUAUAUAGGUUUCUUUACACAGUAUAUACAACUUUUUCAUUACGUUUGAAUUAUGUGAACAAUGUGAAACUAUCUUAAGCUGUCUUGUGUAGUUGCCUGGCCAUGAGCAGGAAUGUAGCGCGGUGUAGGAGUGUGUAAGAUCUCACAACAUACAGCUGGUGUGUGUGGCUCAGGAGAACACUGCUAGCAUGUUAUUCUAGAGUGUGCGAAGAGCUAUAUACUGUAAAGAAGAAAUUGCUAUAUGGUCUUAUUAAGUGUGUGUGUGUGUGCGUGUGUGUGUACGUGUGUGUGUGUGUGUGUGUGUGUGUGUGUGUGUGUGUGUGUGUGUGUGUGUGUGUGUGUGUGUGUGUGUGUGUGUGUGUGUGUGUGUGUGUGUGUGUGUGUGUGUGUGGUACGAUUCAGAUUUCUGUGAAUGUUUAUAAUGAGCACAUUGUAUGGCAGGAUAACUGUUAAUUUGGCAAUCUGUUUUCUUAAGUUAAACUGUCAAAAGUAGCUGCUAUAAUUACACACUUGUGGUUGUGUGUAACUGCGGGCCUUCAAAGGACUCCUGCCAAGGCAUCCUAACAAUGCCCGUUAUAGCAGAAGGUGCUCAUUAUAGCACCGAGAUUACCUUCAUUGAAACUUUUCAGUCAGAAUUUUUUGUAAACAACUGAAGAGAUAAAGAGAACACCAUAACUGUCGAAAUAAUUUUAUUUUCAUGUUAACAUGUCCCUGUUUUGUAUUUAUUUACCAAAAUAAAUUGCGAUUACCACA